AUGGCGUAUGAAUCGUGUCUGUCCAACGAAGUAGGGCAUGGACAUUAUGCGAAUCAAGGAUGCCAAGCACGAUUAAACCAAAAAAUGGACAAAACAAGAUCUCUUGGUCGUAAACCAAAGCAACCUUCAUCGGUGUCAUCAGAAGAUGUCUCUAAUCAUAAACCGGAGAAGCCUUUGCCAAACUAUCUGAAACCAACAAUCAGUUCAAGAACUACCCUCAAGUUCUUAAAGAAGAACAACAAUAGUCUUGAGGACAACAACCAGAAGCUUCUACGUAGAAGAUCCUUUGAUCCACCUCCAUCUUCUUUGACUUCUCCUUCUACUUCUCAGCGUAUCCAAACAACCCUAAACAUCUCUCCUUCUCCUAGAGAGAAGCCUGCCACAGCUCUACGCUCUUCUUCUUUACAUGGAAGCAGAUGUGUUCCAAGAGGAGGUACUAUUGUGAAAUCACCGCAUGUGGCUCCAAAGAAGAGCGGGUUGAGCAGUAGUAGUACUUCAAAGAGCAAAAAGGAAGGUCACGAAGAUGUUACAGCAAAGAAAGCACCUGCGAAAGAGAUUGCUUUAGAUACUGCUUCUUUGUCGUCUACUCAGGAAGAUGAAGAGAAGACUCUCAAGGUUGAGAGUGAUGUACAAGUUGGUGAUGAUAUAGAACAAGCCAAAGACGAAGAGGAAAAUAAAGAGGUGCAUGUAGCGGUUGUGCAUGAUUAUGAAUCCGGUGAAGAAAAAAAAAAAAAAAAAAAAAAAUGAAUCCGGUGAAGAGAAUAACUUUGAUGGACCAACAUUGGCUACUUCCCCUGUUGGGAAGAGAUUGUUAUUGCCAAAGAAGAAGAAGAAAGAUUAAUGAAUGAAGAUAACUCUGAAGAGAAAGAACAAGAGAACAAGGGUGAACUCUAUGAAGAGGUUAAAAAGAAGAUUGAUGAAGAUGAUACUUCAGAGAAGGUUGAUAUCGAUACAAGUUUGAAAGAAGUUGAGAGUGUCCAAGAGACCACGGAAGAACAAGAAGAAGUGAAAGAAGAAAAGGAAGUGAACAAAUAGGACAAGGAAGAGGUUGAGGAAGAGGAGAAUGAGAAAGUUAAAUUAAAGAAGAAAAAUUAGGAGAAGGAAACAAGAGCGAAGUAGUGAUAGGUAAGAAAGGAUCUUCAUCAGCCUAUAACGAUGUAAUAGCAAGUAAGAUUCAAGAGUCUAGGAAGAACAAAGUUUUGGCUCUUGCUGGAGCUUUUCAAACAGUCAUUGACUAUGAAACUGCUGCAUCUAAGUGAUCUCUAUUACUCUAUAACACAACAACAAGAAAUUUAAUCAACAAUGUUAUCUUUAGCUUUGAAUUCGAUGUUAACUUUUCUUUCUGUCUAACUAUCAUAUGCCUAACUCGUGAAUUGUAUUCUUUUCGAGUGAACAAAGAUACACGCACUUAAUUAGUUUGAAUGGAUUGGCGUGUAUCUAUGCAAUGACUUGAAGACUAGCUAGCUACUUUUAACUCCAAGAAAUUAUAUUAUGAAGCAAAACUUAAUGGUUUAAUGGACAUCUGGAUGUGAAGCUGAUAGUUUGGAGCACUUAUUAUUUGGAUACAAGUGUUAUUUUAAAGCGUCUAUGAAUAUACAGGCUUAAAGGAAGAAAUUAAUCAUUUCAAAAUAUCUGAUUGGUAUCUAGUUUACAUCCACUAGAAAAGCUUUGGUUGUGGUUCAAUUAAACUACACGUGGGAGAAGGGUCAUCAUAGAGUGUUAAUGUGGGAUCAUGAUUUCGUCGUUCAUUAGUAUUGUAAUUUUUGGACAUAAAGUGUUUUUGUUUGUUCUUACUAACUAAUAUUCGGUUUUAGUUCUGAUGUGUUAUAGUUUAAUAUUUUUCAAUAUAAAAAUAUUUGUACUCUAUUAGUAAUUAUAUUUUUGAUCAACAAGCAUCUUUUGAAUUUCAAUCCGGAUAUUAAUAUUUCAAAUACCAACACGAAUCAUACGAUACAUGUGAUGGUCAAGUAAACGUUAUCAAUCUCUAUAAAAAAAAUACCAAGUUGAAAGUGGCUUUAGAAAAUA